AUGCUGCGUCUGCAGUGUUUGGUGAGCUUGGAAGAAGACGUUCGUGUUGUGUCUAUCGAGGUAUCAUCGGACGAACGUCUUGAUGAGCUGCAAGCUCGACUUGAAGAGGAGUUAAAUGCGAUAGAGUUCCAAGCGAAGCCAGGUUCUGUCAUGAAACUCUACUGUGUGCAACAUCAGCGUCUCACGUACCGUCAAGAUCCAAUGACCAAGCUCGAAGUAUUAUUCCUCGAUGGUGGCAAGAUAUGUGGAGCUGAUGCAUGUAGCGGUGCAGUACUGCAGAGUGCACAGCAGCUCGUACCCUGGGCGCUAGUCUCGUGGUAUUUCCAAGACCUGCAGUUCACGUUCCCUGACGCUAUCGACGUCGUUGUCGUCUGGGUAAACGAAGAUGAGAUUGUAUGA